GAUAUUACGGUGAGUUCGCGUACGGAAAGUGGACGUUGUGGGCGUUGUUUGGAAAAGUAGGAGAGACAGAGGAUGAAGACAAGGCAGGGGUACUCGGGGGCCAGAGUGUGGCAGCUGUUUGGGGGUCAGACGCCCACGCGUCACAACACACUCACCGCCCCGACCUUGCUCUCCUGUACCUCUCUCUUCCUCAUCGCCGUCUUCCUCCUCCUGCCACUCGACGACCACCAACACCCCGCACGACCUCAACGCCAUGCACACCAGCGAGUACGACUACCUCUUCAAGCUCCUCCUCAUUGGUGACUCCGGUGUCGGCAAGUCAUGUCUCUUGCUUCGGUUCGCUGAUGACACCUACACUGAGAGCUACAUCUCCACUAUCGGAGUCGAUUUCAAGAUUCGCACCAUUGAGCUCGAGGGCAAAACCGUGAAGCUUCAAAUCUGGGACACUGCAGGCCAGGAACGGUUCCGCACCAUCACUUCGUCGUACUACCGUGGUGCUCAUGGUAUCAUUGUUGUUUAUGACGUUACCGAUAACGAUACUUUCACGAAUGUCAAGCAAUGGCUCCAAGAAAUUGACCGUUAUGCAUCCGAGGGCGUGAACAAGCUGCUGGUCGGCAACAAGUCGGAUCUGACUAGCAAGAAGGUCGUCGAAUACAGCGUGGCAAAGGAGUUCGCUGACCAACUGAACAUUCCUUUCCUUGAGACUUCAGCAAAGAAUGCCACAAAUGUCGAGCAGGCAUUCUUAACCAUGGCCAAGCAGAUCAAGGACCGGUAUGUCACCCGUUUUAGGUCAUUCGGGUCAUAUACUUAUAUGUUCCUAAUCUUUCCGCAGCAUGGGUGCGGCUUCAACAACCUCCGGUACUGGCAAGUCGUCAACGAUUACCCCAAGCCAGACUGUGCAGCAGCCGCAAUCGGGUGGCUGCUGCUAGAUGACUUCCCUCGUCGCAUUCUCGUUCAGGGAAAUCCCAAUGCUGUCGGAGUGCGAGUCUGGGUUAGCUUAUAGAGGACGCUUCGGAGACGCGGAUUUACCCUGGCGCUGCCACCGUUCCUUGCUCGUUUGGACUUUUUCAUCAUCACUUGUCGCUGUCAUCACCAUGCAUUUUGGCGUUAUGAAGACUUUUGGGAAGACGGAUGACCGGCACUCAUUAAUAUUCUACGCCGUCGCUAUUCUGGUCAGGUACUACUCAUGAUUCCGUUUUUGUUAAUAGUCCUUCAUGUGCUCUUUUCCAUUAUUCCAUUGUCUGUUUACUCC